UUGCCUUCUACUGCAUUCCCAGAACUCGACCAUCUCUUCGCCGCGCUCGAACACCACGUUGCGUGCUUUAGGUCUCUCCUCGUGCAAGUAGACAAAGCCCCUGGGUGACCUCGAAGUCUUGUGGCGCGCAUCGUGUUGGGCAUCGAACUAUUCGAGAGCUUCCCAACGACCCAUUCAACUCAAGGAUGUCCUCUGAGAACUUACUCGACCCAAAUCGGGUCCCGCUCGCCGCUGCUACGCACGACGAAGACCAGGUCGCUUCACCCAUGGCUGCGUCUCAGCCAAUGAGUCCAUCGGACAAGGCUCUAACUAGCAACCGACCCCCGAGCCAGCCGUCUUCCCAUCAGCUCGCCGCACACAGUGAAGUAGCGACCAAGGACGUCUCCGCGUCUGACGCAAAAGCCCCUGCUCCAACGCCCGAGGUGACCCGGGCCCCCGACUUCGUCUCCGGUAGCUCGAGCAAAGGCGAGCACCACGACACCGCGCCUCCCGAUCUUGGCGUGGCGCCACAGAGCCCGCAGGUGUCCCACGAGGAGUCGGAGGCGCCUGAAGCUGGUCGCGCGGCCCCAGUGGCCAGCUCGGGCGGUGAAGGAGCUACGAGGAACGACGCAGGCGCCAUUGCUCAUGAUGGACAUGUCAAUGACGCUUUGCUGCACCCUUCGGAGGGCCAGAUCACUGCGGCGUCUGUAUCGGGGCAUACGCAGUCGUCCCAGACGCCAGUGGCACAGGACGAUCAAGCAAUGACCAGCUUCGCGUCGCACCCACCGCCGUCACAUCCAGCGCUCGAUCAUCAACAAGUCCAGGGCCAGGGCAUGCCUCUCUCCGAAUUCUUCUCCCGGAUAAUGCCACCAGCUAGGAAUGGGUCGCCCAACACGCCGCCAGCCGCGUACGACGGUAUGCAGACCCCACCUCCAGGACACAAUUUCCCUGCGGCGAGUAUGUCUCAUGCUCCGAGUCACAUGGUCGACAACAACACCGCUCCUGGAGGCUCCGGGUACCGCAUUACAUUUGACUCACAGACCGGCCAAUACUGGAUUCGAUGUAUCACAUCUGGAUAGUCCACAGAGCAGGUCAAGGCGAGACUGCGGCGUCCGAGUAGUUCGAUGCACUUUUUUUUACUUCCGAGAAUUGCUACCGGCUUUGCUUCUCUCCAUGAUAUCGUCCCCUCUGAAUGUAUUCAUCUUCUGCUGUAGUGCUAUUGAUACUGUCCCGAGCAAUCCCUGCAAUGACUAUGCUUUUG